CGCUGCUGCAGAGGGAGAUGAACGCAAAGCGGAAGUGAGAGGAAAAAGGACUGUUUCACAAAUGUAAACCAAACUUUGACAAAGCUUUUUUGGGGGGCUGAUAUCGCACCGGCAGUCCGUGAUGAGAGCAGACACGGUUCACACACAGACCCGCCGUGUUUAACCCUCGUCUAAACCGACUCAGUGAGAUGGGACUCCCUACUCUGGAAUUCAGUGAUUCUUUCCUGGAUAGUCCGGAUUUCAGAGAGCGCCUGAAAUGCCAUGAAUUCGAGUUGGAGAGGACGAAUAAAUUCAUCAAAGAUCUGAUCAAAGAUGGGAAUAUGCUGAUCACGGCGUUUAAGAACCUCUCCGCCGCGGUCCAGAAGUUCUCCCAGUCUCUGCAGGAGUUCCAGUUCGAGUGCAUAGGUGACGCCGAAACUGAUGACGAGGUGAACAUCGCCCAGUCGUUCAAGGAGUUCUCCCAGCUCUUGAACACAGUGGAAGAGGAGCGAAGACGACUGAUCCAGAACGCGGACGACGUCCUCAUCACGCCGUUGGAGAAGUUCCGAAAGGAGCAGAUUGGAGCUGCAAAGGAGGGGAAGAAGAAGUUUGACAAGGAAACAGAAAAGUACUACUCAACGCUGGAAAGACACCUCAGCCUGUCGUCCAAAAAGAAAGACUCCUUUCUCCAAGAGGCCGACUCCCAGAUCGAUAAGGAGAGGCAGCUGUUUUACGAUGCCUCGCUCGAAUACGUCUUCAAGAUACAAGAAGUCCAAGAGAAGAAGAAAUUUGAGUUUGUGGAGCCGCUCCUGGCGUUCCUCCAGGGUCUCUUCACCUUCUACCACGAGGGAUACGAGCUGGCUCACGAGCUGGAGCCCUACAAGCAGCAGCUGCAGUUUAACCUGCAGAAUGCGCGGAACAACUUUGUGAGCACCAAGCAGGAGGUGGAGAAGCUGAUGAAGAGGAUGAGGUCGGCAGACCAGGACUACAAACCCCCGGGCCAGUGGACGAUGGAGGGCUUCCUCUAUGUCCAGGAGAAACGUCCUCUGGGUUGCACCUGGACCCGUCACUACUGCACCUUCGAGAAGGGCAGUAAGACCUUUACCAUGAGCAGCACUGAGCACAAGUCAGCCGGCAAACAGAACGGUCUCGUUCUGAGCCCGGCGGAGAUGUUCAAGCUUAAGUCUUGCAUCCGCAGGAAGACGGACUCCAUCGACAAGCGCUUCUGCUUCGACGUUGAGGUGGUGGAGAGGGAGGGUGAUCUAUCCGCAGGGACCCACUGUAACCUUCCUCCCCAGGAUAAAUUAAGGCUGCGCUGGAAUAGCACUGCAAAUAGGAUCCUUGUCCGACGCAGGAAAUUAAAUCAGGCCCUCUGUCGAGGAACUCUUUUAAGACCCCUACUGUUAUUCGGUAAAGUCCGGCACGGCGUGGUGACGCUACAGGCUCUGUCCGAGACCAACCGUCGUCUCUGGCUGGAAGCCAUGGACGGCAAGGAGCCGAUCUAUAACCUGCCUGCAAUACUGAGCAAGAAGGAGGAAACGUUCCUCAACGAGGCUGGCUUCAACUUUGUGAGGAAAUGCAUCGACCUGGUGGAGAACCGAGGGAUCAACACUCUGGGUCUGUACCGGAUCGGCGGGGUCAACUCCAAGGUGCAGAAACUGAUGAGCACGGCCUUCUCAACCAAAGCGGCGGUGGAUAUGGAUCUGGAUGCUGAGGCCUGGGACAACAAAACCAUCACGAGUGGCCUGAAGAACUACCUCAGGUGUCUGUCUGAGCCCCUAAUGACAUUCAAGCUGCACAAGGACUUCAUUCUGGCUGUCAAGUCGGACGAUCAGAACUACAGAGUGUGUGCUGUCCACGCCCUGGUCCACAAGCUCCCUGACAGGAACAAGGAGAUGCUGGAGCUGCUGAUCCAACACCUCGUCACGGUCUCCACCCAGAGCAAGUUCAACCUGAUGACGGUGUCCAACCUGGGCGUGAUCUUCGGUCCCACGCUGAUGAGGUCACAGGAGGAGACGGUGGCGGCCAUGAUGAACAUCAAGUUCCAGAACAUUGUGAUGGAGAUACUGAUCGAGAACUUUGACAAGGUGUUCCACCAGGAGCCAGACCCCAACGUGCCCCUGCCCACGCCGCAGAGCCGUCCCGAGUCCCGCAGGAACCGGGCCAUCGGCCUCUCCACCCUCCCCCGGAAGCCUCGCAGCCUCUACACCCCCACCCUCUGCCUGGCCGACGUGGACAGUCCCUGUAUAGGCGACACCCUUAGCAGCAGUCCCGGUAGCACACCAAUGGGCAGCAUGGAGUCCCUGUCCUCACACUCCUCUGAGCAGAACCACUUCUCUAAGACCGCUUCGCCCAACCUGCUGGCGGAGCGUGGCCCCGUGGUGGUCCCCCGUCGUCCCUCCUCACCGGGGGGGUCCAACGAAGAGCGUCGGAGCAGUGCCUGGUUCAGCGGUCCCGAGUUCAGCGCGGUCCCGACAGACGGGGAGUCCGACGACACCCUCAGCAUGGCAUCCCUCCCCGGGAGCGUUGAUGGAGGGGGGACCAACAGGUCGACCCCCAAGGGCCCCGUGAAGGCCCCUCACAGCAGCCCCCAGGUGGUUCCCUCCCAGCCAGUCUUACUACCAGCCUCAUCCCUCAGAUCGCUGCUGAUUUCUGAAGGCCGGAGAAGCUGUUCUGGAUCAACCCAGAACCUCUCGGGGCCGGAGCCCAGAGAGAGCUCCCAACCCGCGAACGACCCGGACCUCCCGCCAAAACAAUCCGUGAUCCGCCGGAAGGCGGACGGAACCGUCACCAACGGCUACCAGCGCCCCGGAUCAGUGGUGGCUUCACGAGCAAUGCUAUUUGAAAGUGCCCCAUCAUCGCAGUCGCAACCAGUCGGAAGGGACGCUAAAGCGCUGUAUUCCUGCGAAGCCGAGCACAGCCAUGAGCUGAGCUUCCCGCAGGGAGCGAUGUUCACAAACGUUUACCCUUCCAUCGAACCGGGCUGGCUCCAAGCGACACUGGAUGGCAAGACGGGUCUGAUACCAGAGAACUAUGUUGUCUACCUUUGACCAGCUGGUAAAUUAUGAACACAUAAAGGCACGCAUAUAUGUGUAAACUUUUUUUCAUGGUAUCCAUGGAAACAAGGUAUGAUUUGACUGGUUGUUGUAGAAUCCUUUUUUCACUGCAUUCGAAGCAACAACAACAAAAAAUGGUGGCUGUUUUUUUUAAUAAUAAUAAUGCCAAAAGUACAUACUUCUCACAAUUCAAACAUAUUUGUGUUUACCAUCUCCGGCUAUUAUAAGUUGAAGAAGUUUGCGGUUGAUCAUACCCUCUGUAUGAUCAAUAUAAAUCUGUAUUCAUAUUGUUUCACUGUAAUAUAUAAAUAUUGCAUACUAACAAUAUCAACAUCAACAGCACACUCAGAGUCAGCUGAACCUUUUAAACAAUUAUAAGCAGCUUCAUUCAGAAUAGUCAUUUAUUUUGAUAAAAAACGAUUUAUUUCUAAAUAACAAUACAUCUUUAAUAGCAUGGCAAGAUUGGUCCUCUCCUUAGUGUUGAAUUAUAUUUGGCCUGUGUGUUAAAUCUCUCCCUCCAAAUCCCUUUUUGCACUUUCUAUCGUAAACCCAAUGGUACUGUGCAUUUCAGCUUCAAAAAUCUAAUCAAAAAUAUUUACCUCUUCACACUCUGCAUCCCUAUACAUUUUCACAUUCUGUAUAUUUUCUAUUAUAAAGACUAUUGUUUUUAAAAUAGUGACGAUGAAAUGUUACAUUUUUAACAUUAAAUGCUGUUUUGUAACUGUACUCAAUGGUACACCGUUUUAAUAAAGAUGAUUAUAUGGA